AUGGCUAACUCUAUUCAUCCGGCGCCAAGUCCGAAAUACUUUAAUCGACAAACUGAAAGCAGAUCUACUCGCAAUUUCUCCACAAAUUCAUCCGAAAGUUUUCAACAGUUCAUGCAGAAGAACAUUAGUGAAUCCUCCUCCAGAAGAAUUGUAAAACACUGGAAAAUGAUUUUGAUUAUACUGAUACCCGUUUUAUCUUUAAUGACACUAACCACCGCUAAUCUUUUAAAAGCAAGUGAAGUUAAAAGAGCGACAGUAAACGGCAUUGAAAAUGUACAGGAAGCGUAUCUGUAUGCGCAAUUAGUGAAAAUGUUACAAAGAGAAAGAGGCAUCUCCUCGACAUAUUUGAGCAGUACUGGUAACAAGAGUGCAGCUUUCAAUAAGAUGAUAUCCGACAGAAGAAACACGGAUUUAGCUUUUGCAGACAUUCCUGUAAAUCAGCGCACUGUCUUUGUUAGCGAUAUUCCUUUCACAAUGUUACAACUUCAUAAAAAUGUCAAUCUUUCUCGUGAGAGAAUUAAUAAUGGCUCUAUUUCUGUUGAGGAUCAUCUUGAUUUCUACACUAAUUUGAAUGAAGGAUUGGUGAAUGUCAUGUUUAAAGGCGUUGACAUCCCAGGUGAACAAAAUUACUACGGUGAAAUUGUAGCGUUUUCCUCACUUGUCAGAUGGACGGAUAUCAUAGGUCUUUUGCGUGCACGAAUAGCGUUUCAGUAUGCGACUUGUGCCUUCACUUCAAAGACAAUGCAGAAUUAUAUGUUUCUGACCGGUAAAGCCGUGGCAUAUAAAAAUAUAUUUAUUCUUUACACCAUGUCUUUGAAAGAUGCUUUUUCUAAGCAAAACCAGAGCACAGAGGAUUACCUUGAUGAGGUUAGAAUAUUUGCCUGGUCAGAGUCAUUUAUGAACUCUUGUCAAUCUUUCACGAAGGAACAUCGUUUAUCCUUAGGGUUGGUAUGGUUUCAGAACAUAACAAAAUUUAUCGACUUUGCGUUUGAGAUCCAGAUACGUCAUUCCAACAUAUUAACAAGCAUUAUGUCACAAAUAAGAAAAGAUGCGGAAUUUCAAUUUAGUUUAUAUAUUUCCGUUCAAAUAAUUAUAACUAUUGUGAGUUUUGUUUUAACAACAUGGUACUUAGUUUGUAUAGAAAAAUUGACAUUCAAAAUUGCUAAACAUGCUUCAACAAUCAAAGCAAAAUCCAACGAACUUGCAGCAGAAAAGAAAUUAACUGAUAGGCUUCUUUACCAAAUGUUACCAAAGAACAUAGCAAAAACAUUGAAGGAAUGCCGAGAUGUCAACGCCGAAUAUUUUGAAGAGGUCACCAUUUUCUUCAGUGACAUUGUUGAUUUCACAGAAUUAGGAUCUAGAAGUUCCCCAAUGCAGAUAAUUGAUUUGCUUAAUGAUUUAUAUGGUUUAUUUGACGACCAUACUGAGAAGUACGAUAUAUAUAAAGUAGAGACUAUCGGAGAUGCUUAUAUGGUAGCUAGUGGGGUACCUAUUCCAAACGGCAACACACAUGCAGUUCAUAUUUGCAAACUUGCCCUAGACCUUCAUGAACUCAUGAGACGAUACCGUGUCCCUAUUUCUUUCGAAAGAGACGAAAAUGUUAAAAUUCGCAUGGGAAUACAUUCAGGUCCCUGUGUGGCUGGAGUUGUAGGUAGGAAAAUGCCAAGGUACUGUUUAUUUGGAGACACGGUUAACACUGCGUCCAGAAUGGAAUCAACUGGAAUAGGUGGAAAAAUCCACCUCAGUCCAGAUACGUACAGCAUUAUUAAGCCAUUAGGCUGUUUUGUAGUCUCCCUGCGAGGAAGGAUUGUUAUAAAGGGAAAAGGAGAGAUGAAGACUUACUGGUUAGAGUCAUUUAUACAGACACCACAGGUGACAAUAUUUGAGCCUUCGUGCAUAUGA